AAAAUUUAUCAUCCACUUCGACGUCGGAUUUUAGCCGUUCUAGUUCUCUUGUCUCAGUUUUCGAAAUAUUUUUCGUAAUAAAAAAUUAUCUUGUACUUAUAAUUUUGUUAUAGCUAGAGAGCAGAAUGUAAAUUUGUUUGUUGAAAAAGAAAGAAAGGAAUUGGGUUAAACUAUUAAAAUAGAGAAUGGAGAAAUUUGUUCUGUUAUUUAUUCUUGGGUGUUGCAUUGUGGGAGUUAACGGACAGAUUGGAGUGACAGGCUGUACUGCUGGCACACAAGCCAAUUGCCCGAAUUUCCUACCAAACUCGUACUGUAAUUUGGGAACCCUGUUAUGUGAGUGUCCAGCGGGCUAUGUAGCAUCUACUACUAAUACAGCAUGCGAAUACGAAUGUGGCGCUUUGGCAGCACCGGACAAUGGAGCAGUAGAUACAAGUGCAGGUACCGUUGCUGGUAGUGUUGCAACAUUCAGUUGUGUCAGCAUGUACAAGCUUUCUGGAUCAGCCACGUCAACUUGUGUAGAUAGCACUGGCUGGGAUAAUACAGCAACAACAUGUGUUCCAGCUGAAUUAGGCGAUUCCUGUGCAACAAACAUAUUUCAGUGUAAUAACAUAGUUAAUGGGCAAUGUCUGGCAUUCUCAACAUGUGAAUGUCAAGCUGGUUACGAAGAUGAUGGUACUGGAUACGCAUGUACAGAGAUAGAUGAAUGCGCAUCCAAUCCGUGUGAAAACGGAGGUACAUGUGUGGAUGCAUUAAACUCCUACUCUUGUAACUGUGUUGCUGGUUAUAUGGACACAAAUUGUGAGACAGAUAUUAACGAGUGUGCUGGGAACCCGUGCCAGAAUGGAGGGACCUGUACAGAUGGGAUCAACAGUUACACCUGUGCAUGUGUGGCUGGUUUUGAUGGAAAUGACUGUGAAAACAAUAUAAACGAAUGUAGCUCGAAUCCAUGCCAGAAUGGGGGUACUUGUCUCGAUGGUACAAAUGCAUAUCUUUGCUCUUGCGUAGCUGGAUAUAUGGGCACCAAUUGUGAAACAAACAUAAAUGAAUGUGACCCAAAUCUUUGCCAGAAUGGAGCAACUUGUGUAGACGGUAUCAAUCAAUACACGUGUACCUGCGUAGCCGGAUAUGAUGGCAACAACUGUGAAAACAACAUCGACGAAUGUGUUGGAAAUGCAUGUACCAAUGGUGCAACUUGUGUUGAUGGUAUUAAUCAGUACACAUGUAACUGUGUCGCUGGUUAUGAUGGAGAAUUCUGCGGGAACAACAUUGAUGAGUGUGCAUCACAUGCUUGCCAGAAUAGUGCUACGUGUGUAGAUGGUAUCAAUGCAUACACAUGUGUUUGUCCAUCGGGGUACGACGGAGAAUUUUGUAACAACAAUAUUGACGAAUGUGCCCAAGAUCCCUGUAUUAAUGGGGGAACAUGUAUUGAUGAAGUCAAUGAUUACACGUGUAACUGCGUCACGGGAUAUACCGACAAAACAUGUGCAACAAAUAUUGAUGACUGUGCAGCCAAUCCUUGCCAGAAUGGUGCCACGUGUUUAGAUGAUGUCAAUGACUACUCUUGCGUAUGUGUAGCUGGAUAUACUGAUAAAAAUUGCGACACUGACAUUGAUGAGUGUGCCAAUCAUAUAUGCCAGAAUGGAGCUACAUGUGUAGACAACAUUGACGAAUAUACAUGUUUAUGUGCCCCCGGAUAUGAAGGAACUUACUGUGUUGAUGAUAUUGAUGAAUGUGAAAAUCACAAUUGUCAGAACGGCGCAGUAUGUAUAGAUGGGAUCGAUGGAUACACGUGUGAUUGUGUAAAUGGUUAUGACGGAACAUUUUGUCAGAACAAUAUAAAUGAAUGUGCUAGUCAUAGUUGUUUGAAUGGUGCCACAUGUGUAGACGGUAUCGAUGGGUAUACAUGCAGUUGUGUAGACGGCUAUACAGGGGAAUUCUGUGCUACAGACAUUGAUGAAUGUAUCUCACAUGCCUGUGUAAAUGGAGCAACAUGUGUAGAUGCUAUCAAUCUAUACACAUGUGACUGUGUAACUGGAUAUACCGGAACAUUCUGUGAAACAAACAUUGACGAGUGUGACCCAGAUCCGUGCCAAAAUGGAGCUACUUGCGUAGAUAAUGUAAAUGAUUACACAUGUAACUGUGUGGAUGGUUACACCGACAAAAAUUGCCAGACUAAUAUAGAUGAGUGUGAUCCAGAUCCUUGCCAGAAUGGAGCUACUUGUGUGGAUAAUGUCAAUGAUUACACGUGUAAUUGUGUUGCCGGAUAUGAAGGAAAGAACUGCGGCACAAACAUUGAUGAGUGUGAUUCUGAUCCAUGCCAAAAUGGCGGCACAUGUACUGAUGAAGUCAACCAGUAUACUUGUACCUGUGUACCUGGGUACAAUGGGGAUGAAUGCGAGAAUAAUAUUGAUGAAUGUAAUGGUAACCUUUGCGAAAACGGGGCCACCUGUGUAGACGGUAUCAAUUUAUACACCUGUGACUGUGUACCAGGAUAUGAUGGGACUUACUGCGGAAAUGACAUAGAUGAGUGUGCAUCACACAACUGUUUGAACGGCGCAACGUGUAAUGAUGAGAUCAACACGUACAGCUGUAUCUGUGUAACUGGUUACACAGACCAGUAUUGCCAGACAGAUAUAAAUGAGUGUGCGUCUACUCCCUGUGACAAUGGAGGAUCAUGUACAGAUCUAGUGAACGGAUUUGAAUGCUCAUGUUCUAACGGAUUUACUGGUUUAACUUGCAGAGCAGGUGAGCUAGGUGAUGGCUGCUCUACACGAGCUGAGGUAUGUGCUAACCUUGCCAAUGCUGAAUGUGAUGGUAGUAUAUGUGUAUGUGUGACUGGGUAUGAAGAUCCCACUGGUGCCACAGGAACUUGCAGUCGUGUUGACUGCGGUACAAUAACUCCGCCUGUUGAUGGAAGCGUGGACCAUGGUGAAGGAACAUUAUACGAGAGUAAGGCAUACUUCUCCUGUAAUGCCGGCUACACACUGACUGGAGUGUCCUCAGCCACUUGUCAGGCAGAUGCGACAUGGGACGGAACUGCGCCGACAUGUGUCAUCAAAAACUGCGGUACAUUAGCCACUCCGUUGAACGGUAAUCUUCAGUACACGCCCAAUACAGAGUACCUAGGUUUAGCCGAGUUCAGCUGUAAUACAGGUUACACUCUUGUGGGAGAUGCGACCAGAACUUGUCAGGAUACUGGAGUAUGGGGAGGAACUAACCCUACCUGUCAAAUAAACGACUGUGGUACGAUUGUUGCACCAACGAACGGUGCCGUGGACCUCACAGACGGAACGACGUAUCAAAGCGUUAUUGUAUUCCAGUGCAGCAAUGGUUACGAUCUUGUGGGAGAAUCUAGUCUGGAAUGUCAGGCUGACUCUAACUGGGAUGGUUCAAAACCUACUUGCAAUAUUAAAGACUGUGGUUUUCUCUCCGAUCCUACCAAUGGUGCAGUUGAUCACGCGGACGGCACAACAUAUCUAGCAGAAGCAGGCUUCUCAUGUGAUACUGGUUACACUUUGAUGGGGGUCUCGUCAAGGAUCUGUCAGGCAUCAGGUUCUUGGAGCGGCACCAGCGAUCCAUAUUGUCAGAUCAAUGAUUGCGGGAUACUUAAUAACCCUGAUAAUGGCAAUGUCGACAUUCAAGCUGGUACAACAUACGGACAGACAGCCACUUAUUCGUGUGACGCAGGAUUCGAACUGAAUGGAGUACUUCAAAGAAACUGUCAGCCAGACGGGACUUGGAGUACUGCUGCCCCUACAUGUGAUAGAUUAGAUUGUGGGACCUUGAAAGCGCCGACAGAUGGUUCAGUGGAUUUGACUGCUGGUACCCUAUUUGAAGCAACAGCUGUAUUCACGUGCGAUGCUGGGUACACACUGACUGGGGACACAGAGAGAUAUUGUACUAAUACUGGAGUCUGGGAUAAUUCCAGUCCCACAUGUAUUAUAAAGGACUGUGGUACAUUGACCGACCCAGCCAAUGGCCAAGUAUUGACUGUGUUUGGUACAACCUACGGCCAAACAGCAGAAUAUUCCUGCAACUCGGGAUACCAAGUAAAUGGUGUAUCUACAAGAACAUGUCAAGCUGACGGUACAUGGAGCGCAACUGACCCAACUUGUGUAAUCCUAGACUGUGGCCCCGUUGCUGAUAUUGUUAAUGGUGGAAUCUCUUACUCGGAUGGAACCAUCUAUGGUUCUACUGUAUAUUACUCUUGUAACAACGGGUACGAGGUGACUGGGGUAGCAUCUAGAGUUUGUCUGGCAACUGGUGAAUGGAGUGAUUCACAACCCGUGUGUACAAUUCUAGAUUGUGAUGCUACAACAUCAGUGCCAAAUGCAGUUGCUAGGACACCAUCUGGAAGUCAAGUUGGCGAUAUCGCCAUUUACGAGUGUAACUCUGGCUAUGGACUCGUCGGAAAUCCAAACGUCACAUGUGAAGCUUCUGGUUUCUGGGGAACUGUCCCAGAAUGUAGACUAGAUUGCGGGACACCACCGGCCGUAGCAAAUGGUGCCGUAUUGUACCCUGGUGGAACCCUGGUUUCAGCUACAGCUACAUAUACCUGUGAUGCUGGUUACUACAUUAGUGGAGACACCAGUAUUGAAUGUCAAGACACGGGGUCGUGGACCAAUGAGCCGUUCUGUUUUAUAAUUCUGGUUGAUUAUAACGGGGAAUGUGCAGUGACUGCGCAAUGUUUGACAACAAGUUCUUCCUGUCGAGACGACGGUGCAGGGGCAGAUAGAUGUCUUUGUGAUUUAACUGGACAACACUAUGACUCAUCAAUAGAUACGUGCCUUGCUGAUUGUGGUGGUUUAACAUCACCAACUAAUGGGGAAAUUCAGCUACCAGCUAUCUAUUCUGCCGGUCAGAUAGCAGUGUACUCAUGCGACAGAGGGUAUUCACUCACAGGUCCGGGCACGAGAACUUGUCUCGAUUCUGGACAAUGGAAUGGAACAGCACCACAAUGCACUGAAGGAUGUCCUGAUCCACAACCCCCUGAACAUGGACAAGUGCAAACAAGUAAUGGCUUAGCCUCUGGUGAUACUAUAACAUACACUUGUGAUGAUGGCUACGCUUUAGUUGGUGCUGCAGAGAGAAAGUGCAACUCCGAUUCACAGUGGAGCGGGAAUGAACCCACCUGUAACAUACAGUGCCCAGUACUUUUAGACAUAGGACAUGGCUGGGUAGAUUUAGCACUUGGUAGAUGGGAAGGAUCAAAAGCUGUGUACGUUUGCGAGAACAACUAUGCUGUAGUAGGAGCAUCAACAAGGACAUGCCAGUCCUCAGGAUUAUGGGAUGGUGUCGAACCAGAAUGUGUCUUUGCAAUAUUUCCGGAUGUUCUUCUGGUAUUUGGUUCCCUGUUUGUAUUCCUGGUACUCGUUGACGUUUUUAUCCUAGCGUUCUGUGUCUACAUGAGGUAUUUCCAGAAACCACCUAAACCAGCACGUGAGUUUGAUGACCUGUCAAAGAAAGGUGACAACAAGUACCCGGAUGUACUAGAUGAAGAAGAGGGAGCAGGCGUUCCUCCAGCUGCCUUCUUACACGCUAGCAAGGAACAUAAAGAAAAGAAAGAAAGGGAAAGACAAGAGCGAAGAAAUAAACCUGCAAAAGUAGCACCGGAGACCAAGCGGGAAAUUCUACGAAUGGAUGCACACCCACCUCCGAGGAAGGGACCUAACGUACGUGUAGAGAAGAAGCCGUACCUUGGCUUUGAAAAACCAAACUUUCUAAAACACUGGCAAAACAGACGGAAUAGGGAACCAAAAGUUGAAAAAGACUCCGCACGAGAUGAUAUGGACACUGAUCGCUCUAAAGGUUUUGAAGAGGUACAGUUUACUUCGAUAGAGAAAUCUCAGCCUCCGCCAAGCACAGUCCAGCAACAGGCGAUGAAAGAAUUAAGAGAAGACACCACACAUCAUUUGGAUGACUUUCUGAAGGAUGGUGGAUACGGAACGGCAAACAGCGACGAUUCACAUAACAAAAUUGUUGAUGUUGAUGAUGACCAGCUUUCCUUAGAUGACCUUACACCACCUGAACAGUUUCAAGAACCAAACAGAAGCUUAACGCCGAAAGAACCCAAAAGGACGGCUGAAGAAUUUGACAAAAAGUUUUAUGGCCGAAUCCCUCUCCCGUCUGUCACGGACACAAACGUAAAUGUUGAUAAAGAGACUGUUGAGAAGCCGUACACUGACAAGGAACGCAGACACCUAAAGAACACUGUGAAUACAUAUUCUCCAGUACUAAAACAUGAUUAAAAGUAAAAAUAAAGACACUUUAUGAUAUGAGAAAGUAUGUAUGUUACAAAUUAGAGCUUGAUUUCUGUCAUGGACGUUACAUUACUGAGAGCGCAUUCGUUCCACUCUAUUAUAAUAUAUUUAUGGUUUUUUUUCGAAAGUGGUAUGAAAUAUAAACAAUUAAGCAUGAUUUUAACCCUCAAAUGUAUUACUUAGGAAGAUGUUCUAAUUCUGGAUUGCACUUUAAUGCUAGUAUUAUAAUAGUGUUACUUAAUAAUUGUAUAAUAUUUCUUCUGUAUUACAUAAAGACACUUGUGGUUAUGUAUAAUUUUAAAAGUACUAAGGUUUCUUUUUUGUUUGCAAUUUUUUACUAACGUGUCAGAACAUUUGCUAUAACAUUUGUAAUAACAUUUCAGGUUGCGUCAUACAGAUAGAUGUCACAAAUACGAAGGCUAUACUUUCUACUUGUUCUCUGUUUGAAUUAGGAGACUUAACGAUGCUCGCAUACAGCUUUCGUAUUGCUCGUUUUAGCCAUUGUACAUUGUCAUACCAAAAUGAAAAUACCAAAAUCAAAUGAUAAAAUUGCAAACUUGAGAGAACAUCAUGUAUUGAAAUUCGUAAAAUUUCGUGUAUGUCUUUAUUUUGAUUUAUUGUUUUAUAUAUCGUAUGUUUUACGAAUUCUGACCGAAUUGUCAUAGUAGUUUGGUUACAACUGAAAGGCAGUGUUUCGGUCAGUAAGUUAGAAAACAAGUAAGAGAUUGUUUGUUAUUUGUUUGAAUGUGGGAAACUAGCGAGUGAUCAUUUGUCUUUUUAAACUAGUGAUUAGCUUCAAAUGUAGUAACACGAAAAUUAAUAGUAAAAUGUUGAAUUAAGGAGUCACAGAUUUCAGAAUGUCAGCUGAAUUCAUCAAGAUGACAUCAGUAAAUAGGUACAUAGUUACUUUCCUUGAACGUCACAUAAACAUCCUUGAUGUUAAAGAACAAGAAAACUUGGUGCGCUUAAUCUCAUUGAUAACUAAUUUUAAAAUGUUUAUUAGUAUUCGUUUUGUUGUAUGCAAAAGAAGAGUAACGACAGUUUUCCAUCCGGCCCUUCGAAAGAUAUAGCUAUGUUACUGGCUUUAUUUUGUUUGAAUUUGAAAUCAUCAUCUGUUUAUAAAUUGUUAUUUAAUAACAAGAAUUAUACAUAUUCUCCUCAGAUGAAACAAUAUAUAAACAUUCUUAUAAUAAAAUCUGUGAUAACAUUUAGCAAAUCUAAAUAGACUCUCUGAUCGCAACGGUAAAAAAGAAUUACAUGAGCAGUAAGCACCAGUCUUAUUUCAGUUGCAUGUACUUCUAUACGUUUAAGUAAUUAUAAAAGUCUCAAAUAUCUAAACUCGGUUAUGAAUUUGAUGGAUCUUUGAUUACAUGUUCAUGGUUCAUCUUUGAUAUGUGAGCAUUGACUCUGGCUUGCGAACUACAUAUUUCGCACAGUGUGAUAAAUUAUGAACUUAUUGCUUGACUGUCUUAUUCUGUCCGAGCUGUAUUCAUUCUUCAUUUGUCCGACUCUGUCUGGACAGUUAAAUAGCAUUUGUGUAUCAUUUAACAUGUAUUUGUUGCACAUUUGUCUUGCUAUAGGACUUGUUAAAAAGCAAUUGUGUAUAUAAUGUGUAUUCAUUGCUAAUUUGUCCAGCUAUAUAGGACUUGCUAAAAAGCAAGUGUGUAUAUAAUAUGUAUUCAUAGCUCAUUUGUCCUGCAGUAUCUUCGUUUGUUAAAGUUCAUGGGCGUAUAUAACUAGUAUUCAUUGCUCUCCUGGCAUUGCCCUGUCCGAAUUCUAUGAUAUAAAUAGCAAAUGUGAAUUUAUUAUGUAUCUGUUGCUCCAGAUACUAGAAGUUACAUAGCAAAUGUGUAUUUAUUAUGUAUCUAUUGCUUAUAUGAUCGCGUUUAGUCUUGAUGGCUAAAUAGUAAAUGUGAAUGUAAUGUGUAUCCAUUCUAUGUGUGUUUUAUUGUACUAUAUACGAGAACUAUUUGAGAUAUUUAAGCCUGCAAUAUGGAUGUAAAAUGUUAAUGUUAUUGUUCUAAGUCCGCACAGAAAAUAUAUUUAACAAGAUUAUGCAGUACUUGGAAAAACAAAAUAGUGUUUUCUCUGUCAUUAAUAAAGAAAAUGAUUUUCAUGCUAUAUUUAGGGAUUUAGUGAAAUAUUACAAAUGUUUUUAUGCUGAAGCAUGUAACAAAGCCUGUACGUCUAUGGCAUAAAGUAUUGUUAAAACAACAAGAAAAUAAUCAUACGGUUUCUUGACUUCUGUAUUUUCUAUUUCUUACUUAUAUCACAUGUAUUAUCGCUGCGUAUGUAUUUAUGUUGUAGGCUAGAUGCCAUGUGAUAUAGCGUAAUCCUGAAUAAAUGUUGUCGUCUUCAA